AUGGAUGCAGUUGCAGAGUAUGGCAUGCAAAGUCUUUCUUUCCUAAAGGAACUUGACCCAAAAUCACUGCUAAGUACGUAUCAAAAAGAGCGACUGGAAAAUCCAUGGUCAAAAAAAUCUAUCCGUGCCGCUGAUAAUGCUCAAGAGGACCAGUUUUCGAUAUCUGAUAAUAUCAGCGAUGCAUCCGACGUAGAAGCUAGCUAUGAGAGGGCACCUCGAUCCACUUCAAACGGGGAUUCUGAAGCAGUCAGUCGUUUGCCAAUUAAAACUAAAACAGGCGAAAUCGUUCAAUUGCAAUCCAUUCCAGCACAGAAAGUUGAUCAGUCUGAUAUAUAUUUAUCUGAAGUUAGCGAUGACGAAUCUGAUGUUUCUGAACCAGAAAGUAAACCUGUCUCCAAGCCAAAAACAAACAAAAAGCAAUCUGCGUCUAAAACACCUUCUCUUACAUUCCUUGAAGCAAGAGAGCAGCUGGCACAGAUUGCUUCCAGGAUAAUUGAGGAUCCUGAAAACAAUAUUGGCGAAUUAAAGACAUUGCAACACCUUUCAAAGUCGUCAGACGCUCGAUCCGUCAAAUUUGCUUUGCUAACACAACUGGCUGUGUUUAAAGAUAUCAUUCCUGGUUACCGCAUCCGUAAAUUAACAGACAAAGAACUCUCGGCCUCUGUUUCUCAGGAAGUCAAGCGGGUGCGUCGGUAUGAGGAAUCACUGAUUGGAAAAUAUCAAGAAUAUCUACAGCUUUUAGAAAGUCUUGUGACUGAUAUUAGUGACGAUGAUGAAAAUUCCAUACCAGGAAUAGCACUAAAGUGUUUAAGCGAUCUUCUCAAAUCUGUGCCUCACUUUAACUUUCGCCUUAAUAUAAUGACAGUUGUGAUUAAUUCUCUUCGAAAAGUAAAAGCCCUUGAUUUGAUCCAUACUUGUUGCAACUCCAUUGGAGAGCUUUUACGUGAAGACGUUACGGGUGAAGCAAGUUUAGAAGCAGUGAAGCUCAUAUCCAAACUUGCCAAACAAAGUCACUAUCAAGUUCGUAGCUGCGUCAUCAAAACGUUCUUGUCGCUGAGACUUCUUGAUGAGUUGCAUGUAGAUAGGGAUGAUGGCAUUAGAAAAUCGCAUCCGUCCAAAAAGCGAAAACAAGACGGACAAGUACCAUAUAUGUCCAAGAAAAUGCGUAAAAUUAAUCGUGCACAGGCUGAUGUGGAUGUGGAGCUUCAAGAAGCAGAGGCAACUAUAGAUCGUUCCGAGCGUCAAAAAUUGCAUUCCGAGACCUUGAAAUUCGUCUUUCUGGUAUACUUUAGAAUUCUCAAGGAAGCUCCCGAGUCACCAUUAGUUGUACCAGCGCUAGAGGGUCUUGGAAAGUUUUCUCAUCUCAUUAAUAUUGACAUAUUUAACGACUUGGUGGCUGCAAUUAAAAAAAUCUGCUUGCAUCACCUUGAACACACGGAUAAUAAUAUCAAAUCAUCUCAGCGACUAUCCAUCAGCCUGCAGUGCAUCCUGACAGUGUUGCAGCUACUAUCAUCUAUUAAAGAUGCUAUUAAAACCGACAUGAUUCAGUUUCAUACUGCUACUUAUGCUAUUCUGUCAAAGCUAGCACUUGAUAAUCCACUAAAAAAUUACGCAUCGUCAAAUUCCAACUCUGAUCGCUCAAAGAUUUCACUUAUGCUAUUGGUUUUAGAACUUAUGCUCCAAAAAACCCAUAAUAUGCCUGCAAAUCGCGUUGCAUCUUUUUUGAAGCGUUUAUCCACCACUGCGCUGCAUCUGACCGACAAUGCAACCAUUGGUUCGCUGGCUACAAUACAUAAAACUCUCAUGCGACUACCCCAAUUACACUCUCUUAUUGAUGGCGAAGAAGCCGUUGGAUCUGGCGUAUAUAACCCUUACAUGGAUGACAUGGAUCUAUGCAAUCCCUUUGCCACUAAUCUCUGGGAAAUGUCUAUUAUGGCUAAUAAUCACUAUCAUCCAAGUGUUCGUACCGCUGCCAUCAUGGUUUUGCAGCAUUCUGAUAGCUCCAAAAGUAAAGCGCUUCCUUCAGAUAUGCACUCGCUAGCUCGUAAUAGGCCAUUAAAAAUCAUGGAAGAGUACGAUUUGUUCCGUGGAAACUCGUUUGCUAUUCGACCUCCCUGUAAACGCCCUGGCCGACAGCUCAAUAUUCCAGUUUUUGUCAGUGGGCCGUCUGUAAUGCGAAUAUCUGCCUUUUUGGAGAAUUUAGAACUUUGUCUCGAGUAA